AUGAGAUUCCCUCCACCCAUCAUCGCGGAGUCAUGGCCAACCCCAAACUAUAUCGACCCUCCAACGCGCGGGCACGGCGUCCUUAUUGUUAACGUCGUCUGUCUACCCUUGGCCUUCCUAAUCGUCUCCCUCCGUCUAUACACCAGGCUCUGGAUCACAUGCAGUGCCGGUGUCGACGAUGUGCUUAUUGUCGUUGGUCUGAUAUUCGCCAUCGCAAUGGCAGUCAUCACCUCCAUCGCCACUGAACAAUGGGGCAUGAACCGCCAUAUCUGGGAUAUUGAAUCGGAUCGGUUCAUCGCUGUCCGGAAGCUGAACCUCUGCUUCCAACUAUUGUUCUUAGUGUCGUCCUGCUUCAUCAAGAUCUCUCUACUAUGCUUCUGUCGACGACUCAUCGGGAAGGUCAACUUUGCGCUAUAUAACUGGGCAUUUCUUCUAUCCAUCGUUUUCGUUGCGGGUUCUAGUGUGCUGUUCAUUGUCAUCAGUAUCUUUCAGUGCUCACCUAUCCACGCAUACUGGGAAAUUAACACCGAGUCAUACCACUGCAUGGAUGAUGGUGCGAUUGUCUUCUCCGCCAGUGUGAUCAACAUCUUUACCGAUUUACUGGUCACAGCUCUACCGAUGCCAUUAAUCUGGAGUCUGAGACUCCCCGCUCGUCAACGACUUGCCGUUAUCUCCAUCUUCGCUCUCGGUAUCGUGGUGAACGUAGCCGGCUGUGUACGAACCGUAUAUGCGUGGAAGAGUAUGAUGACCGGCUAUGAUGGGACCUGGGUUGGAUGGCCGGGUCUGAUCACUGCCGCAGUGGAACUCAGCCUGGGAUUGAUCUGUUCUUCAGCACCAGCCCUCCGACCCCUCAUUGCAGCCUUCCUACCUCGUCUCCUCAGCUCAACCCGCAACAUUGGCUCCUCCUACAAACGGACUCGCACCCACAAGCUCUGGUAUUCAACCAGCCGCUCUCAAACAUCCCGUCUUGUUGCUGAUGACUCACACCCUUCCGGCUACAACAGCGAUCGAUUUGAGAUUAUGCGCACUGUCGAGAUGGAGAGCUGGACUGAGUCACGACUGCCAGGCCCUGAUAAGAUGGGACACGGUUAUGAUAUCACAUUUAAUAACCACGGCCGUGCGCUCAACCCUGUAGAUAGCAUUGAUAUAAAGAUGAGCAUGGUUUAUGCCUCCCCUAUGAGUGUUGGCUCCUCUGCGUCUGGUCCAAGCGAUACGCAUUCUCAUUUCGACGAUCGGCAAUCGCGUUAA